GCAAACAACUGAUCGGGCAGAGCAGAGCAGAGCAAAGAAAGAAACCCUAACUGAAGCUUCGAACGAUGAAGACAAUACUCGAUCUUCCAGAGAAUCUGGUAGAGGACGAGAUCUUCUCUAGGCUGUCGAUUUCAUCUCUGAACUCAGUGAGAACUACCUGCAAAAAAUGGAACAUUUUACUUAAAAACCAGAUCCUUUUGGGUGAAGCAGCAGAAAGAAGAAAGAAGCACUUCCUGAUGCUGGACUCGAAGUCAAAGAGGAUCUGUUUGAUGAACUUCGACAUCCUCCGCAAAGACAAAGACGAUGGCGAACCAUCUAUAAAACAAGUAAGCGUACUUGCUCAAAUCCAGAUCUCCAAUGUGUUUCAGUGCGAUGGUUUGUUGCUAUGCGUCCUUGAGGAUGAUAGCUCUAGGCUCUUGGUAUGGAAUCCUUACUUAGGACAAACCACGUGGAUCGAACCCAGACACAGUAGUUUCCAUAGUUCAGACAGGUUUGCUCUCGGAUACGACAACAACAACAACAACCACAAGAUCCUGAGGAUCUCUACCAACGAAGAACACGUUUUAGGGUUCGAACUCUACGAGUUUAGCUCGAGUUCUUGGAAGGUUCUUGAUGAUGUCACAAGCGAACACGUUUUAUGGUCUCAUGCACACGGCGGCGUCUCUUUGAAGGGAAACACUUAUUUUCGUGCGAGUCCUGUAGCUUCCUUCCUCUGUUUCGAUUUCACAGCAGAGAGCUUUGGACCGCUUCUCCCUCUCCCCCCGUCUCAUUCUUACGAUGGAUUGCAUUUUCUGUCUUUCUCUUGCGUUAGAGAGGAGCAGCAGCUCGCUGUGCUGUAUCAGCACUGGCAGACACGUCAGACGAUCGAGAUCAGCGUCACGGAUAAGAUUGGUCCUGACGUUGUGUCUUGGACAAAGUUUUUGAGAGUGGUCACUGACUAUUGGGUUGACCCUUCUGCUGGGAGUUUUCUCGUUGACGAGGAGAAGAAAAUUGCUGUGGUUUUCGUUCUAGAAAGGGUCGGUGCCAGUGGAUGUCUCUACCAAACUGCUCACGUCUUCGGACAAGAUGGAUACUUCACAUCUGUGAGAAUCCGAGAAGCUCAUGAACUCGAAAACAAGGUUUCUUCUCCGAAUACGAUUACGAGACGUUUUGCCCCAGUGGUGUGCUCUUCGUAUCUUCCAAGCUUACUGCAACUCAACCAACCAGGCUAAUGUGGAAAGAAUGCGAUUGUAGUACAUUUUCAUCAUCUUCUCUCGGAUAAAUUGUUAAUUAUGUGCGUUUAUAUUUUGAAUGUUUUGGCCUCUCUUUUGAGACUGUUCAUGUCUCUCGUGAUAUGUAAUCAGAUUCAUCC